AUGGCCGCCAUAUUUACUGUCCAGUCCUUGGAUCAUCUCGUACUUACGGUCCGGUCGAUUCCGGAGACCGUGGCGUUCUAUACAAGUCAUUUAGGCAUGCGGCACGAGGUUUUCACCUCGCCCGCCAACCCCGCUGUGCAAAGAAAUGCUCUCCUUUUUGGAAGCCAGAAAAUCAACCUUCACCAAUCGAAGAAGGAGUUUGAGCCCAAAGCGCAAAAUGUCAUGCCAGGAAGUGCCGAUCUGUGCUUCUUGACGGAUGAAAUUGUGGAGAAAGUCUUGCAGGCAUUCCGAGAAGCGAAAAUCGAGGUUCUGGAAGGUGGUAAGGUUGUCGAAAGAACAGGAGCCAUUGGAAAGAUUCGGAGCGUUUAUGUGAGGGACCCUGAUGGAAACUUGAUCGAGAUUUCGAACUAUGCAUAG